AAAACUUGCAGGAUGUUUUAAUGGUACAAAGACCUCAAUAUGUCAAAAGAUCAAGGCAAGUUUAAUUUCUCAUGUCAUGACCACUUUAAUGCUGAGCACGGCAGAACUGAAAAGAAGAAGCCUUGUGUUGAUUUUCUGAAGCACGUUUCAGUGAAUCUAAAGGAAAAGUACCUUCCACUUUCAUACAUGAGCGACAAAGCAGAAACAGGAUGAGGAAAAGGAAGAACUAAAAACAACUCGCAUACUACAAUAUUGAUACUCAGAAAUGGAUUUACAUGAAGGUCUUUAAGAGGAAUUCCUCUCCAACUCUGUAUAUAAGAAGGAGCUCAGACAUUAUUCUGGACACAUCAGAUCUGAGAUCUUCAAGCUCUACAGAUUCUUUCUGUCAUUGUGAAGAAACAUCUUGAAGAAUGAGAAGCCUGAUGUUCCUGCUGGUCCUGGUGAUCUUCUGCUCUCUGCAGAUGACUUCAAGCGCUCCCAUUGCACUUGAUGCAGCAAAUUCAAAGUGCUGUAUGGAGUUCACUAAAGUGAAGAUUCCUGUGAGACUGGUGAAGUCUUACUCCUGGACCACCAGCGACUGUCCCAGACGAGCCGUUGUGUUUCAUAUGAUUUCAGGGAAAGAGUUCUGUGUAGAUCCAGAGACCACCUGGGUAAACAGCCAUGUUGCUAAAGUGGACCAGAGAAAAACAUCUGCUGCUACAACAACAACAACUGCUUCUACAGCAAAGACUCAGAGCCCCACAGUCUAAAAGAAGCUACACUGUUUCUGUUUGAACGCUACAUUUCAUAUUGUAUAUUGUGCUGAUGUAUAUAUAAAACUAUUUUAUUUACAAAAUAAUUUAUGUGAUUGGAUUGGAUUGUUUUAAUAAAAUAAAUUAUCAUUUUUAUCAUCA